GCGGCUGCCGGCGGCGCUCUGGUGACGGCGGCGCAGCGUCGGGGCGCGGGAUCACUGUGCUGCGACGCGACUUCUGAUCACCAUGGCUGCAGUGGAUCGCUUCAACCUGCUGUACAGAGAAAUCAGUCGUUCCUGCAGUUUUUACGUUGAGGCCCUGGCUAUAGUUGGAGCUUGGUACACAGUCAGAAAAUGUCUGACUCUUGUGUUUGACACUUACAGUAUGCUCAGGCUUCAUGUUAUUCCAAAGCUGGUUGGUGAGAUUGAUAUUGUCAAGCGGUACGGAAGAUGGGCAGUAGUCACUGGUAGCACAGAUGGUAUCGGGAAGGCAUAUGCUGAAGAACUGGCCAAACGUGGAGUCAAUAUCAUCUUAAUCAGCCGAAGCAAAGAGAAGCUGGAGGCUGUAUCUAGAAACAUAUCUGAAACCUAUAAAGUGGAAACAGAUUUCAUAGUAGCUGACUUCAGUAAGGGGCGUGAGGCUUACCAUGCCAUUAAGGAGGGCCUGAAAGAUAGAGAAAUUGGGAUUUUGGUGAAUAAUGUGGGACUGUUUUAUACCUACCCAGAUUAUUUUACUAACCUGUCUGAGGAUAUGCUGUGGGACAUGAUCAACAUAAAUAUUGCUUCUGCUAACAUGAUGGUGCAUAUCGUGUUGCCGGGCAUGGUAGAGAAGAAGAAAGGUGCAAUUGUGAAUGUCUCAUCUGCUUCCUGUUGUCAGCCAACACCAAUGCUAACGAUCUAUGGAGCCUCUAAAGCCUACUUGGACUAUUUCAGUAGAGCAUUGUAUUACGAAUAUGCUUCAAAAGGAAUUUUUGUUCAGAGUUUAACCCCAUUUGUAAUUGCUACAAAAAUGGUGUCAUGCAGCAGCGUUACAUCAAAGAGAUCUUUCUUUUUUCCUUCUGCUGAAGAGUAUGCAAGUCAUGCUAUUUCUACCCUUGGGUUAUCCAAAAGGACUCCUGGUUACUGGAAGCAUUCAUUAGAGUUCACACUGGGUGAACGUCUACCUGAAUGGAUCUGGGCAUGGUUUGCACAGUACUUCUGCAGAAUUAUACGCAAGGAAGCUUUAACACACAAAGCAAAAUAGGAAUAUCCAGAUGUCCAUUAUAAAUAAGUACUGGAAUCUGAUCAGAAUGCUACAAAAUGGUCAAGUGAAUCCUGGAUUUAUUGCAAUUUAUCCAUAACUUGCUUAACAGUGUAACUAGUGUUACUUGUAGCAAUAACCUAGACAUUAGAAGUCUGGAUCCUGCAUCGUUGUGCUAAGCAGCUCCUUCUCUGCAUUCCUCCAGGACAAAGAGUUGAUCUCAGUUCACUUUGUCUGUAAGGUAAUAGGACAGGAGCAGAUACAACUUUAAUUCUGAUAGUAAAUGACUGUCUUUUGUGUAGUGCUAUGUAAUCUUGAUUUGUAAUGUUAACAGAAUUUGAGAAUUCUCCAACUCUGGUGAUAUUGGGCCCAAAACAAAUCAUGCUGUUUUGAAAAGACAGUCCUAUUCAAUCAAUAUGCAGUUUAUGAGUCUUCUGGUCUUUUUAUGGCAGGUCCUUGUAUGUUUUAAGUGCAAAUAUUGUUUUUGGACAGGGUACUUACCAUACAUCUUAAUUUUGAUAAAGUCAUACUAAUUUGGAGGUCGUUUAAAUGGCAGAAAAGGUCUUACAGAACUGCAGAAGAAUUUGAAGAUAACGGUUUUUUUUCUUUCUUAUUCUAAGUGUGAAUGCUUUUGACCACGCUUUAAAUAUUCCUUCAGCAAUCUGAAGUGUGACUGAAGAAUUGAAACAGAUUGUAAAAAAAAAUACGUUAGCUAAGAAAAAGUAAAAAAGAAAGAGUGUUCUAAGAACAAAAGUUAGUUGCAUAUGACAAUUAAAAAAAAGUCACUGA